CCGCCCCUGCCCAGCCGGGAGCCGAGCAACCAGCCAGGCGCAGCUCCGUGCGCUCCGAGUCCCUUGCGCUGAGCACUGGCCGGGCAGGGUCAUGUUCUCCUUCUUCUACACCGCGCUCGCGGGGCUGCUGCUCCUGCCGCUGCUGCUGAACCUCGCCUGCCCCUACUUCUUCCGCGACCUGCGCUUCUUCCUCAAGAUGGCCCGGGCGGCGCGGCUGGCGCGCAACUAUGGGGCGCGGAACCCGCCGCGCACCAUCCUGGAGGUGUUCAGGCAGCGGGCGCGCCGGGAGCCGCGCAAGCCCCUGCUGCUGUUCAGGGAGGAGGCGCACACCUACGAGCAAGUGGACAAGCGGAGCAGCCAGGUGGCCCGGGCGCUGCGCGAGCACGUCGGGCUGCAGCAAGGGGACUGCCUGGCCCUCUUGCUGGGCAACGAGCCUGCCUACAUCUGGAUCUGGCUGGGCUUGGCCAAGCUGGGCUGCGCCAUGGCCUGCCUCAACUACAACAUCAGGGCCAAGUCCUUGCUGCACUGCUUCCAGUGCAGCGGAGCCAAGGUGCUGCUGGCAGCCCCAGAAUUGAAAGCAGCUGUUGAAGAAAUAUUGCCAGCCCUGAAAAAAGAAAACGUAAGAGUCUUCUACCUAAGCAGGACAUCCGAUACAGAAGGGGUUGACAGUUUCAUUGACAAAAUGGAAGUGGUUUCAGAUGAGCCUACUCCACAGUCUUGGAGAUCAAAUGUCACUUCUAAAACUCCUGCCAUGUAUAUUUAUACCUCUGGGACUACAGGUCUUCCAAAGGCUGCAGUGAUUACCCACGAACGCAUGCUGUUAGCUUGUGGUUUGUUCAGUACAAGUGGCGUGACCUCUGAGGACAUUGUGUAUAAUGCCCUGCCACUGUAUCACAGUGCUGCCCUCCUGAUUGGAGUUCAUGGAUGCAUCAUGCAAGGUGCAACCUUAGCUCUACGCGCCAAAUUUUCAGCCAGCCAGUUUUGGGUUGACUGCAGGAAAUACAACGUAACAGUCAUCCAGUAUAUUGGGGAGGUGCUUCGGUAUUUAUGCAACGUGCCAAAGAAAGACAGCGACGGUGAUCACAGAGUAAGGAUUGCCAUAGGCAAUGGGUUAAGGGCUGAUGUUUGGAGGGAAUUCAUCAGAAGAUUUGGAGACAUCCGUAUAUUUGAGUUCUAUGCCGCAACCGAGGGAAACAUUGGGUUUAUUAACUACAGUGGAAAAGUCGGUGCCGUGGGGAGAGUAAACUACUUCCAUAAGAAAAUUAUACGCUAUGAGCUGAUUAGAUACGACGUAGAGAAAGAUGAACCAGUCCGAGACGAGAAUGGAUAUUGCAUAAGAGUUCCUAAAGGUGAAGCGGGGCUGUUGAUCUGCAAAAUCACACCAUUUUCUCCUUUUAGUGGCUACGCAGGAGCAAAAAGCCAGACAGAGAAGAAAAAACUAACAAACGUCUUCCAGAAAGGGGAUUUAUAUUUUAAUAGUGGUGACCUUUUAAUGGUUGACCAGGACAAUUUCAUCUACUUUCAUGACAGAGUCGGAGACACAUUCCGAUGGAAAGGGGAAAAUGUGGCUACUACUGAAGUUGCAGAUAUUUUAGGAUUGAUCGACUUUGUCCAAGAAGUUAAUGUGUAUGGAGUGCCUGUGCCAGGUCACGAAGGCAGAAUAGGAAUGGCAUCCAUUCGACUAAAGGAGGGCUGUGAAUUUAAUGGGGAGCAGACAUACAGACAUGUUGUGGACUUCCUACCGAAUUAUGCAAGACCUCGCUUUGUCAGGAUUCAGGAUGCUAUUGAGAUCACAGCAACUUUUAAACACCGUAAAGUGCAAUUAGUGGAGGAGGGCUUCAACCCAGCAGUCCUCAGGGGUGGCCUGUAUUUCCUGGAUGACAAAGAAAAGAUGUAUGUGCCGAUGACGCAGGACAUUUAUAACGCUAUAAAUAACAGUAGCCUAAAAUUAUGAGUGUGUCCAAAAAAUCACUGUUCUAGAAUAUUCAGUUUUCAAAACACAUUAUUGAAUUUAAAAGUCCAAAAAUCCAUUUUGGUGAGUUGAUAAAUGUUACCAAGUGCCUGUAUCUGAAAUUCUGUGUGAUGGAGAUGUUUUAAUAGAUCUACAUAAAACUACUUUUCUUUUU